UCCCCGUCUCUUUCCCCUCUCCGCGACUCGCCCCCGAAAUCCGAACGCGAACUCUCUUCCCGUGCUCCGAAACCCUAGCCGCACGCCGCCCUCACCUCGCCCGCCGCGGGACGAGCGGACGCCAUGGCGGCCGAGAACUACUGGAGGUAUGCCGACGCGCGGCAGCAGCAGCAGGCCAUGGUGGCGGCCGCGGCGGGGAUGGCCCCCGCGGCGUCGGUCGCCGCGGCCCAGUCGGUCGCGGGGGCGGCGGCCAUGCCCCAGCAGGCUGCCGCCAUGGCGCAGCAGGCCGCCGCACCGCCGCUCAAGCGCGCGCGCCCCGAUUUCGGAGAUGUGUCUACAGGACAAGAUAUGACAGGAUAUUAUCCACGUGAGACUGAUAGGGCAGGUUACCAUUCGCUGAGAGAGAAUGAAGCAAUUGGAGCAUCUUAUGACCGCUACUUACGCAAUGGGAUGUCCUCUGUUGGGGCCAAUGACGUUAGUAGGGCAGUUGUUGGCGGGAUGGCUGGAGCAAUGGGUGGCGGGAUGGCAGGCUAUCCUGUUGAUGAUCGUCGGAUGAUGGGUGUCGGUAUGGACGGCAGAGGGAUGGGCUAUGGUGCCAGACCUGAGCCUCCCCUCCCACCAGAUGCAUCAAACACUUUGUACAUUGAGGGCUUACCUGCAAACUGCACACGAAGGGAGGUUUCACAUAUAUUUCGCCCAUUUGUAGGUUUUCGUGAAGUGCGGCUUGUCAACAAGGAGUCCAGACAUCCUGGUGGAGACCCACAUGUUUUGUGUUUCGUUGAUUUCGACAACCCUGCUCAAGCUACUAUUGCUCUUGAAGCCUUGCAAGGUUAUAAGUUUGACGAACACGAUCGCGAGUCAGCCCAUUUGCGGCUGCAAUUCUCACGCUUUCCUGGUCCGAGGUCAGCUGGUGGGCCUCGUGGUAGGCGUUAAGACGUGCGGGCCUCGUGGUUGCCGAACCUAUCGUUUAUACGAGCGAUCAAACAGCCGUGGCGUAAUGCUUCUAUAUUGCGCUGAAAUCUCCGUCGGCGGCUUUCUUGUAGGGUUCGUCAACUCAUUUUGCGAACGUGCGAAAAGGGCAAUGCAAUAAGCAGUAUUCAGUCUCCGUCCAUUAGAUUGCCGUACCGUAUGUUAGAAUUGAACCUUAAAGUUAUUCGACAUACUGUAUCUGCUCCCUUAGUUAUUAUGGUCUACUGUACUUUAUUUCUGUUCUGUGUGUCUGAGAUGAUGACUUUGUUAUACUAUGAAUUGUUUUGUCUUCUCAAAAAACAGAUGUUUGUUGUUA